GGCUUUGGUCAACAGUGGAUAUAGUGGAUCAGGUACUCAGUAGGUCACGAUCCACUGAGUACCAGAUCCAUUAUAUUGACGAUAUCACUUAAGGCGAUGCAUCAUCAAAUUAAAAAAAUCCAUUAGCUAUGUAUAUUCUAUGCAAUAAUAAUUAAGCGAAAUACCGUCUAACGAAUGCAUUUAUGUAUAAUUUUUGCUGUUUAUUUAUUAAUGAAAUAGAAGUAAAAUACCUAUAUUCUGAUUACAGAAUGGUGAGAAAGAAAGCAGCUAACCAAGCGAGAAAAAUUGGUAAUCAUACGGAUGACCAAAUGAGAAAGGCUUUAGAUGCUAUUCAAAGUGGGAAAAGUAUUAGGCACGUCUCCAAAGAAUUCAAUAUUCCUUUCACUACUUUACAAAGAUACCGAAGCAAGGAGGUAAAUAAUGUAAUUUAGUCCUAACUUUAGUAUUUAGCUUUUAUUGUAUUUUUAUGCCUUGCUUCCUAUAUGAAUAAAUUGUACUUUUUUAGGUGGUAAAUGAUAAUGGGAAUCCCAUUCGGUUAACACCUAACUACUCGGUGAGAAAAACAUUCACGAAUGAGCAAGAACAGGCCUUACGCGAUUAUUUUGAAAAGUGCACGUUGCUAUUUUAUGGUUUGACUUCUAAAGAUUGCCGUAAAGUAGCUUACGAGAUGGCAAAGCACAAUAAUGUGAGCGUUCCUGUUAAUUGGGAACGAGAUAAAAUGGCUGGACUAGACUGGCUCAGAGGAUUUCGGGAACGAUUCCCGGAUAUGUCACUCCGCAAACCAGAAAAUUGCAGUUUAGCGAGAGCCACGGCUUUCAAUAAGGAAACUGUCAAAAAAUUUUUUGACAACCUGGAAAAUGUGAUUAGUCGCAACCCUGCCUUCGCUGAUGGCACUCGCAUUUUUAAUUUGGAUGAGACCGCGACGUCCACUGUGCAGAAAAAUCCUAAAGUUAUGGCUCCAAAGGGAAGAAGGAACAUAUGCAAAGUUUCUAGUGGCGAAAAAGGAACGCUGGUCACAACGUGUAACAUUAUAGGUGCUGGAGGACAGGCGCUUCCUCCCGCUAUAGUGUUCCCGAGAAAGAACAUAAACCCUCGCAUGAAAAUAGGAACACCUCCCGGCUCGUUAAUUUUAGCAUCACCGUCUGGUUGGAUGAACAGCGAACUGUUUGUAGAGGUGAUGAAGCACUUUAUACAACGGUCGGCAUCUUCAAAGAAUUUCCCAUCAAUUCUAAUCAUGGACAACCAUGAGUCUCACCUUUCAAUCGAAGUUCUCGAUUUAGCUAAGGAAUCCGGCGUUACUUUGCUGACAUUACACCCACACACUUCGGCAAAACUUCAGCCUCUGGAUGUUGGCAUUUACGCACAAUUCAAAACUUUUUAUGCGUCGGCAAUGGAGUCGUGGAUGAUGCGUAAUCCUGGGCAUCCUGUCACUAUUUAUGACGUUGGCAGUCUUAUAGGACAGGCUUUCGAAAAGUCUAUGACGCCGGUAAACAUACGGAAAUCAUUCAUGAAAACCGGAAUAUAUCCGUUCGAUAGACAUAUAUUCUCAGAAGACGAUUUUAUGCCGAGCAGUGUGACCGACAGGCCUGAAGUUCUGGAGAUAGCAGGCCCUUCUACCAUUAGAGGCGACGAACUGAAAGCUUCCAAUGAAGUGACAAUCGAUGAAGACGAGAGAAAUGUUUCAACUGAAAUAUCAGAUAUUUGGUCACGCCGGGAUGUAGAUACUCCAAGUCCUUCUAUAAUAGACGCCCUCCUAGAAUCCAUUGAACACCAAUCGACUGUACCAACUGAAGAAGCCGUUGCAGAGUUUGUUGGAUUACCGUCUACUGAUGAAAUCUCACAAGUCAAUUUACUUUCCAUUCCCCUACCUCUGUCUAAUCUUCAAGCUGCUCAAUCUUCAACAAAUAGAUUAACAUCUGGAAACACCUGCGUCAGCUCAUCUGCGACUUCCAAAAUCUUCACACCUACACCGCUUGUUACGCCAGAACAGUUUCGAAAGCCUUUCAAAGCGGCAGCAAGAAGUGGAAAACGGAAGCCGAGGAGAUUGGGGAGAAGCCUUAUUGCAACUGAUACGCCAGAAAAGGAGGAGAUCAAGAGCUACAAAAAAGCUAUUAAAAGGAAGAAAGAGCGUAAAGCCAAAGGCAAAAAGUAUGUUCGAAAAGUUUUAAAGAGUGAUUCUGAAGAAGAUGGUGAAGUUAUGUUAGGCGAUGACUCAGCAGAUGAUGAUAAUUGGUUGGACGAUGAAGAAAACCAAGAAAACAUUAUAACAGAAGAGUUGCUGGUGAAUCCUUUAACAGAAUUGCCAAGAGAGGGACAAUAUGUUGUGGUCCAAUUCGCGUCAAAAAAACAGCAAGUGUUUUAUGUCGCCAAAGUGUUAGAAGAAAGGAACAAUGAGCUUGAAUUCUACGUAAGUUAUUUGCGGUACAGAAAAGGGCAAUUCACAAUGCCAAACGCCCCAGACUUGGCUUAUGUUAAAGAAGAUAAUAUAAAGAUGAUACUGCCAAACCCUACCUUAAAUGGUAGUACUGCUCGGCAGCAGUCUUACCUUACUUUUGGUGUUAACCUCAAUGGUCUUAACAUCCGCUGA